CUCGAUACACUCCACACAAUGCAGCUGUCCCACCACCACACCCUGCUCAUGAUCGCGGUUCUCUGCUCGCUCAGUGCGUUGGACAUCGCUGCUUUGGUUGAAGAGCUGUUGGCUGACAGGCUCUCUCAAGCAUCCCGAGUGUUCGGUGCACCGAUUGAGACGGCUAUAUCGACCGCCCAUGUCGAUCCUGUCCCUACGGCGAGUGCGGGAGAAGUUCGGAGUGUUACCCUGGACGGAUGUCGUUUGUACUACUGCAUCUAAUGAGCUCUCUGAAGCGAGGGGUUGUUUACUUUGUCUGCCCUCUGAAUGAAACGCUUUUCGUGUGUCC